AUGAGCGCAACUACGAUGGGGCCCGAGCAGCAAGAUCGCCUCGCAGAGGUCCCCCCCUCGCAAAUGGACCAAGAUAAUCAGUCCGAUACUAGCAUCGACGAUGAUCUCUCCCCUUCGGUCACCACCCCUCCUUCCUCCGCCUCGAUACCGUCUUUGCGACCGGAUCGCAACAUGACUGCUGGUAUCACCGCUUCCUCGACACAUCUCGGCCAGGUCAAUGCCGCUCGGCGUGGCGUGGGGACCGCUGGUCGCCCACACCCGUCGAUGAGUGGCGCACAGCCCGGUGGCUUGAAUCAGGAUAUUUUAGCGAAGAUGAAAGCUUUCUCCCUUUCCCGGCAGGGCGCUCCCCCGCAUCUACCCCAUGCGGUUUCCACCGGAACAAUCCCGACAUCCCGAUCGGGUGCGUCAGGGAGUCCUGGCCCUAUGGCGGGCCAGUCGCCGUCGGUGAUGAACGGACCGUUGGCAGGCGCAUUUGCCGGACGCCUCCCCCCUACAGCGCGCCCGAAUACCAAAAACUGGGUUUCUUCCCCUUCGAUUCCAGGAGCCUCAAGUCCCCAAUCGUCGUCCCCCAGACCCGGUGGACUGGCGGCGAAAAGAAUGAAGCCUGGACUCAAGUUGUCGGAUGCUACCGGCUCGAACAGUGGGCCGGCCGAUAACUCAUCCAGCCAGAACUCGGAUGCGACUGGAGGGUCAGCGUUCAGCAAAUACUCGGAGUACAUCGACACAAAAGCGGGAACACUCAACUUCAAGAACAAGGCUAUCCUCCACGGCGGCGGUGUCGAGUUCUCGUCGGGCCACAGUUUCAGCAUUUCGCUGGAUGAGGUUGAGCGCCUGGAUGAGCUAGGCAAGGGUAACUACGGCACAGUGUACAAAGUCCGACAUAGCCGACCACAGAUGCGCAAGCCCGGUAUGGGGCUGCGUGGAGUCAUCAGUCGCCCAGCGGGAUCCGACAAUGACAACAGCGCCGGCGGAAAACCGCCGGACAACCUUUCUGGAUACAUCAUGGCAAUGAAGGAGAUCCGUCUGGAACUCGACGAAAACAAAUUCGCGCAGAUCAUUAUGGAACUGGAUAUCCUCCAUCGCUGCGUCUCACCGUUUAUCAUCGACUUUUACGGGGCCUUCUUCCAGGAAGGCGCAGUGUACAUGUGUGUGGAGUACAUGGAUGGAGGGUCUAUCGAUAAACUUUACAAGGACGGCAUGCCGGAGAACAUCCUUCGAAAAGUUGCGCUAUCCACCGUGAUGGGCUUGAAAACCCUCAAGGACGAUCACAACAUCAUUCACCGGGACGUGAAGCCUACCAACAUCCUGGUCAACUCCCGGGGCCAGAUCAAGAUCUGCGAUUUCGGUGUGAGCGGGAAUCUGGUGGCGAGUAUCGCCAAGACGAACAUUGGCUGUCAGAGCUACAUGGCCCCCGAACGGAUUGCCGGAGGUGGCGUGCAGCAAUCCGGGGCGCCUGGCGGUGGAACGUACAGCGUGCAAAGCGAUAUCUGGAGCUUGGGACUGACUUUGAUUGAAUGUGCUAUUGGUCGAUACCCGUAUCCUCCGGAGACAUUCAACAACAUUUUCAGCCAGCUGCAUGCUAUUGUGCACGGAGACCCACCCACUCUCCCAGAGACCGGAUAUUCAGAAGAGGCGCAGUCAUUUAUCCGUGCCUGCCUGGACAAGAACGCCAGCAAACGUCCUUCGUAUAGCAUGUUACUCAGGCACCCUUGGCUUGCACCGUUGAUGAAGCCUCCUACCCAGGCCAAUGGCGCCGACGAGACACCUGUGCCUCAGCCCGAUACUCAUCCAGGGCCGAGUACGGUUACGGAGGAUGAAGAAGUUGCUGCAUGGGUCAAGGAGCGACUCGAGCGUCGCCAACAGGGCCUGCUGCCGCACCCCGAGAAACCGGCGUUGCAUGCAGUUGCGUUGGAUGCAGUGCCCGGCAGUCCCCUGCUUGACGAUCCCUCGCACCUAGCUGCACAAUCAUGA